UAUAUAUUGGAGGAAUCCCGAUGAUUAAUGUCGCUGACCCUGACAUUUUGAAGGAGGUUUUGAUUAAAGACUUUCAAACUUUCACAGACAGAUUGGACUUUGAUCUCAACGACUACCCACUCACCACCAAUCUGUUCAAUGCGAAAGUUGCUACCUGGAAGAGGCUACGGAAAAUCAUUAGUCCUACAUUCAGUGGCGGCAAACUCAAGAAGGUGUGCAAUAUUGAUUAAAUCUUUUAGUGCCAAAAAGCUGACAAAGAACUUUGUUCGUGCUGCUGAGAAUGGAGAAGUAGUUGAUUUGAAACAGUACUUUGGGGCCUUCACCAUGGAUGCCAUUGGCAGCACUGCAUUCGGGAUUGACAUCGAUUCACAAAACGACUUCAACAACAGCUUCAUCACUGAAACCAAGAAAGUGUUUGAUAAUGCAUUUCUGGCCAACCCAGCUGUUCUUGUGAUAACGCUGUUCCCCGAACUCACACCCUUGAUGAAGAUGCUGGGAAUGCAUGCUGUCCCAAAGUCAACCAAGAAGUUCUUUACACAAGCCGUCACAGAAAUGAUAAAACAGAGAAGAAGUGAACCCAAGGAGGAGAGAGCGAGGCGGGUUGAUUUUCUGGAGCUAAUGUUGAACGCCGAGGAUGAUGCUGAUGACCAUCAUGGAGCCAAGGUUUCGGAUGAAGCCACAGAGAAGUCAGACAAUACGCUGACGAUGGAUGAAGUGAUUGGCCAGGCGUUUGUUUUUUUCCUGGCUGGAUACGAAACCACGGCUAGCACGCUGCACUUCAUUGGCUACAUCCUGGCAACUCAUCCAGAUGUGCAGGACAGGCUCGUAGAGGAAGUAGCAUCAGUACUUGGAGAUGAAGAACCUGAUUAUGACAAUAUCCACGGAUUGGUGUACAUGGAUCGGGUGAUCAACGAAACUCUGAGACUCUACCCAGUGGUUCCAGCAGUUAACCGCUACAUUUCCAAGACCACCACAAUCAAGGGAUGGACAUUUCCUAAGGGGGCAUUCGUCAACAUCCCCAUUGUCAUCAUGCACAGAAACCCAGAGAUCUACCCAGAACCCAAGAAGUUCAAACCUGAGAGGUGGGAGAAAACGUCUGAGAUCAACCCUAUGCUCUAUCAGCCAUUUGGACAUGGACCGCGACAGUGUAUCGGAAUGAGGCUGGCCUUGAUAGAGGUCAAGGUUGCUCUUGUCAAUCUGAUCAGGAACAUCCGCUUUGUAAGACUGGAGGACACACCGGAUGAACUGACAGAGUUUGUUACCACAGGAGUUUUUGCACCCAAGAAACCAAUCAAGCUGAAAGUUGAACUACGUUGAGAACUAGGUGAACUCAACAAAAAGCAAGAAUCAUUUUCUGUAUUAUCAAGAAGACAAAAUGAAGAGAAUGAUUUCAUCGCUACAUCAUGACAUGCUAAUUUUCUCAGGAACUCUUGUUCAGAUGUCCACUGAACAGUACCUGUUAAAUUGUUUUUGGCUUUUGAAAGUUUUGAUAUUGUUUCAAGAACAGUUUUGUUUCAAUUCCAAGGCCUCCCGAGGUGGCACAAUUGUAUAAAGAGCUUGACCGACUUUUGUAGUGUGCACUUAUCGAUAUUUAGACAUUCACAAAGCUGAACUUCUUGUCUGACAUAUAUACAAGCUUCCCUUCUCAUUACGCGGGUCUCGGGUCCAUAGAUGACCCCCGCGUUUUACGCAACACAGAAUAAAGGCCAAGUAAAAUCAUAUUUUCCAUGUGCAUUGCAUUACUGCUAUUUCGUGUAUUGUGCCCAGUCAAAACUGUUGUAUCCUCGGAGGUGAACAAACAAACUUUGUGAAUGAAAA